AUGGGAUCAAUUGAAGAAACUCCAAAUCUCAAUUCUGGACUUAAUUAUGGAAAUCAGACGAAUCAAAUGACAGGGAUCAAUUACAAUCCUCUGAUGUUCCUCUCACCUGCUGAUGUUAACGGAAUUCAAAUAAUCUCAUUUCAGCUAACAAUAUAUUUUUCAAAGCUUAAAGAUCUUUGUGAAGAAUUUGAAGCUUUAUUCCCUGCACCUAGAUAUGAUUGUCCCAAAUUAAGAGAUUUUGUUAACUAUCUACAGAAGUUGAGGCUGUACCAAUUUUUAAUGAGGUUAAAUAAUUCUUAUUCACAAGCAAGAAGUCAAAUCCUAAUGAAGACACCUCUACCUACUGUGAAUCAGGCCUAUGCUUUGAUAGUGAGUGAUGAAAGUCAAAAGUCUAUAGCAGCCAAUUCAGGAAUUCUUGGAGCUAAUCAUGUAGGGAACUUUGAAGUUACUAUGUAUACCAAAAAUGGUGGAGGUGGACAAAAUCAAAGAUUCAAGAAAAACUUUAAUGUUCAAUGUGAAUACUGCAAAUUGAAAGGCCAUACAAAAGAAAGCUGUUAUAAACUUGUGGGGUAUCCUCAAGAUUUCAGACAGAAGAAAAAAGGGUAUAAUGUCUAA